AUGUUAGAUAUACAAAAACAAUUAGCUGAGAAAAGUCAAACAAAAUGUUUCUUCGACAUUGGAAUUAAAGAAGAAAAUCAGAAAUUAGGGCGUAUAGUAUUUGAACUCUAUGACAGUAUCGCACCACGUACAUGUGAGAACUUUGCAGCUUUCUGUCAUGGAGUGAAUGGACUAUCAUACAAAUACACUCCAUUUCAUCGUAUUGUCUCUGGCUACUGGUGUCAAGGAGGAGAUGUUACGAAGUUUAACGGUACCGGUGGUACUUCCAUAUAUGGUGACUCAUUUGACAAGGAAAGCUCUAAUCUACGUCAUACAGGACCCGGUAUCCUAUCGACUUGCGACAAUGAUAACGACAAAACAGACUCCAAAUUUAAUCUCACAUUUAAAUGUUUGAGAACUCUAAACGAGAAUAAGACUGUUUUCGGCCGAAUAAUAGAUGGAAUAAACAACAUCUACAAGAUCGAGGGAUUUGGUACGAAGACUGGAAAGCCAAUGAAGUCGGUGAUCGUGUUAAAUUGCGGAAUCCUGUCGACGAAACGCGCAUACGAAGUAUCAUCCAUGUUACAAAUAUGA